AUGAAACUGAACAUCAGUAAAUGCAAAGAAUUGAUAAUAGACUUUGCAAAAGAUAAACAGGAAUUCCCACCUUUAAUUAUAAAUGGCGUGGCUGUAGACCGUGUAUCAUCAGCUCGGGUUCUGGGACUAAUUGUUCGGGGUAAUAUGAAUUGGAACGAACACGUAAAUAAUGUUGUCAAAAAACCAGGAAAAAGACAAUACAUGCUGAGAGGGCUGAAACGAUCAAACGCGGAUACGAACGCGUUAAUCACUGUGUACACCACUAUUAUUAGGCUGUCCUUGAAUACGCCUGCCAAGUCUGGCAUUUCAACAUCCAAGAGUAUUUGAGCAAAGAUAUUGAAAAGAUUCAACGGCGUGCUUUGCGAAUCUUGUUGCCAUUAAUGAGCUACAGAGAAGCCCGGAAUUUUACUGGUAUCCCUUUACUAAUUAAAAGCAAGAAGAGAAACAUUAUGUGAACAAUUUUUUAAAAAGAAUGAGAAUAACGAUAAACUAGGCGAACUGUUGAAUCAUAAAGCAACAGCAGACUACGAUAUGCGACCAAGAUGCAAGUAUAACAAUUAUCUAUGUAGAACUAAACGUUUUAGGAAAUCGUUCUUUCCUCAAAUUAUUUCCAAAGAAAACAGUAAAUAACUGAGUAGAAGUAUAGGCUAUUGUUUUCUGCUACUUUUGAACUCUUAACUUAAUACUUUUUAACAGUAGAUACAAAUUUUGUAAAUUUCUGAUGUAAUUUAACCUAUUGGUUACAAAAUCAGUUUUUAAAUAAAUUAUUAUUAAAUCAGACGGAGGGUGUUGAUCGCAGUUUGGAGCGUCUCCAAAUACCAAAAUUUGAUGGCGACAAAUCGAAGUUUCCAUGUUUUCGGGCAGCUUUUUCAGUAAUCGUGGACGAGACAAGUGCACUUUCGAAACACAAAAUGUUAAGAUUAAAAGCAUUUCUGGAGGGAGAAGGCAGCAGAGGCAAUCUCGAAAUUGGGAUAUUCAGAAGAAGCCUAUGAAGAGGCAAAAAAGACUUUGAUACGAAAGUUUGGAGGUAAUCGUCGACAGAUACAAGCGCAGUUAGAGGAUUUUCGUAACACUACACCGUUUAAAGACGACGAUGUGCAAGAAAUUGAAAAGUUUGCGGACAAUUUGGUACAUACGAUCGUGAUGUUAAAAGAGCAAAAACUAUGGAACGAGUUAAAACCGAACAGUAUGUUGUAUCUGUUUUUAAUUGAAAAGAUUCCUCAGUCGAUGUUGGCCAGUUUUUUUAGAUGGUUAACGGAGAAAUAUAAAGAAGAGACCUUGGAAGCAUUGAGUGAUUGGAUGGUAGAAGAUGCAGAGUUCCUGAUUCGUGCAUUAGAGACGAGGGAAGGUAUGGCGACUAAGAAAAACCUAAGGACACAAGGACACAUCGUAGUUUCGCAGCCGUGGGCGAGAGCGAAGUUGUGUAUGUUGCAACAAGAUUGGUCAUGGUGUGUGGAAUUGUACAAAGUCUGCUAUCGAUGUUUGUCGGAAAAUCAUCUGGGAAAAGAUUGCCCUAGGACACGAGUAUGUGGACAAGAAGGUUGCAAGAGUAAUCACCAUCAGUUGUUACACGAGACCGGGACCCGAGAUCAGAAAAAGAAAGUUAAUCAGGAUGGCGAGGCCAAGAUUUCACAAUCACCACCUAGUCACAAUCUGAUUUCACAGUCACAAUCAGUUCCAGAUUUAAAGGCUGAUGAGAAUUCGUCAGGGACAGAAAAGAAAACAUACGUAGCAACGUUGGCUUCGAAAAUUGUGUAAUUUCGUGCAGUACCGGUCUGGCUGAAGGCGAACGGUCAGAAGAUAAGAGUUAAUGCUGUCCUAGACGAUGCUAGCUGCGCGUCCUAUAUUAGUGAAGAGGUAGCUGGGGUACUUGGACUGUCUGCACCAUACGAACCCGUUACAGUUCAAGUUUUAAACGAAAAUAUCGAGACUUUUGAUACCAAGUCAGUGGACUUGAUUCUUGAAAAUAGUGAUGGUAAUGUUCAAGUUCCAUUUCAAGCAUUUAGGUGCCCACGUCAGAUCACAGGAAGCUACAAAGUGGUAGAUUGGAGGCGUUAUCAAAAGCGUUGGUUGCAUUUGGGAGUGUGUAAUUUUCCGAAGGCUACACUAGAUCCGCUGGUAGAUGUGCUGAUUGGUCAAGAUCAAGUCGAUUUGCAUUACGCAAGAUGUGAUGUAAGAGGAAAGCCAGGCGAACCGAGCGCGCGAUUGGGUCGGUUAGGAUGGUCUUGUAUCAGAGAUCCAGAAGAAAAAUCGUCAGCGCGUUGUCCGCUUCGUACCAAUCUGAUUUACACGUUCCUUGCUAAGUCUGAAUCGCUCCAAGAACUUAAUCACUCGCUGAAAAGAUUUUGGGAAUUGGAAUCAGUUACAACCGACAAAGAGCAUCACGUAAUGUCACAGAAAGAAAAGUCGGCGUUGUCUCAGUUGCAUGAAUCGCUGGGCAACGACGGAGAGCGUUAUCAAGUUGCAGCGUCGUUGCAAGAAAGUCGUCCAACUCUAAUGAACAAUUACGAGACUGCAUUCAAUCGCCUCAAGAAUACAGAGAAACGAUAUGAUUAUCGAAGAACGAAUCCCUUGGAGCAGAAUACGGUGAAACAAUUCGAAAUUAUGAGCAAAAGAAAUAUAUCCGUAAAGUGACUCCUGAUGAAGCAAUGGUUCUCGAAGGUCAAGUGUGGUUUCUACCCCAUUUCCCCGAUGUGUCGCCCAGACCGAGCAACGACAAAGACUCGUAUUGUGUUCGACGCCGGCGCUAAGCGUCAUGGGGUGUUCUUGAAUGAGAUGAUCCUACGUACCAGGACCAAAGCUGUUGAGAAAUUUGUUUGAUGUACUCAUGCGAUUUCGUCGAUAUCCUGUUGCUAUGGCGUGCGAUAUCCGAUAGAUGUAUCUACAGAUCCGAAUUCCAGCUGAAGAUCGUUCGUAUUUCCAAUGCUUGUGGAGAGAUCUAGAAAUUGAUCGACGACCUGAUGCCUAUGAAUUUGAAAGAGUGGUCUUUGGUGACACGUCAGCCCCUUUCCGUGCGCAAUUCGUGGCUCAAGAAAACGCCCGACGACACAAAGAAACUUACCCCCUCGCGAUGGAGACUGUCGAAAAGUCAACCUAUAUGGAUGAUUCUUUGGACUCAACUCAAACCGAGGAGGAAGCAAUCGAACUGCACGAGCAAUUGAACGGGUUGUGGAAGUUAGCCGGUAUGGAACCACGGAAAUGGGUGUCGAAUUCCUACAGCGUUCUUGAGAAAAUUCCAAGUGAGAAACGGGCAGCAAAAGUCGAUUUUGCUAAAGAGAAUAUCCCUACGAUUAAAACUUUGAGCGUGUUAUGA